AUGGCAGGCGCAACGACCCCAGCGACCGACUCGCAGAAGCGUCUGCGUACCAAUGAAGCUGGUGAAUCCGCUGAUGCUAUCGAAUCGCAAUUAGUCAAUGAGUACAAGGGAUACAAGGUACCCGAAGACAACUUCACCAUUGAGCGCAUUCCAGUUGACAGCGUGACACCUGAAGAAUUCUUCGCUAAAUACGUGUGUACUCGGACUCCAGUGGUGCUGACUGGAUUUCUACGAGACGAGGAGUUUACUGCACCAAACAAAUGGUCGAGUUCGAACGACCGCCUCAUUGAACUUGCACGUGACACGAAGCUGACGGUGGAGCGUCGUGGAGAUGUUAACGAGAAGUUUGGGAAGGGAAUUGCAGUCGAAAUGCCGUUCCGUGACCUUCUUAAGCUCAUUGCAUCUGGUGACGAGAUGCACUACUUGACGACGCAGGAGGUGGCGUUCGAAGAGGACGGGCGACCGGAGGUUAUGGCUCCAUUCAUGAAGAAGCUUCAAAAGGACUUCCCGAUGCGUCCCAAGCUCAUGGGCCACCUAAUCCCGCAAAAUAUCAACAUGUGGAUGGGAAACAACAAGCACGGAUCUUCAUCAGGACUGCAUCAUGAUCACCACGACAAUCUGUACAUUUUGAUGCGAGGCAAGAAGCGCUUCCGGUUGUAUUCCCCUGGAGACGCUGACAAGAUGUAUGUGCGUGGACGGAUGUCACACGUGCAUCCGAAUGGACUGAUCAACUAUGUAGGCAAGGAGACGACCCCCUACGGUGCUGAUCCAGCGGCUGAGCGUGAGGCGCUUGCAGCUAUUAAGAGGAAUGAAGCCGAACGUGAGUUGGCUGAAGCGGAGCAAGCAGUGGAGGCUGGAGAAACGGGAGCAGAAGCGCGUCUUGAAGCGGCUGAGGAGCAGUUGGAAAAAGCCAUGUUCGAUGUGCUGCGUGCCGAUAACAGUGAAGAUGAAGGUGGCGAGGAGUUUGAGGACGGCGCGUUCCAUUUUGAAGAGAGUGAGGCGGAAGGGGAUGAUGAGAGUGAGGCGGGAGAGCUGGAUGAACUCGCGUUAGAUCCUGAGGAGGAACAGCAGAGUAAAAAGGCUGCUAAACGUGAUGCUGGUGAGGCGGAGGUCACGUACCCUGUGAGUUUCAGUCAAGUGGACACGUUCCGAUUGCGCGAUGGGGAACAGGCACAGCGAGAACUGUACCAAGAGUUCCCCAAGUUUAGUGAAGCUAAGGCAGCUUUUUGCGACUUAGAGGCAGGUGAAAUGCUUUUCCUUCCUGCUUCGUGGUUCCACGAGGUGGAGUCGUUUGGCUCUACUCAAGGCAAUGGCCACUUGGCAUUGAACUACUGGUUCCAGCCACCAGACCAACUCACACCCGAACACUUUACGUCGCCGUAUUCAUCGCCCUUCUGGCAGCGUGACUGGGAUCAGCGUUUUGCAACCAUAGAAGAAAACUAA